ACCCGCCCUUCGUCCAGGCUGCAGACCUUAUCCACCAACCUCCGGUCCACGGUGACUGGCCGCAAGCUCCUCCUCUCCCGCAAACACCCACGCCCACUCCAUUGCUCCUCUCCUCCAACAUCGCUCACGCGGUCUCCUCUCCCCGCUCAGCUCCGCUCCGCUCCCGGAGACACGCAAGCUUCCCGUUCCCGGGAACGCGCACUAAAGAUGCCUCCAGCCUUCGCCGCCGCACCUUCCUCCUCGAUAUGUGGCGUUCGCAUCCCAACUGUGCGCCGUUUCGAAGCGCAAAGCACGGUUUCCACGCCCAGAUUUAUGCGUAAUCGGGUGGCAGCAAAAACACGGUCUACAUCAGCUUGGUCCUUGAAGGCUGGCUUGUGGGAUUCUCUCAGAUCUGGCCUUUUGAAGAAUAAUAGCAGUACAGAGACAGUAGAGCCACCACCAGCACCACUUGAAGUGGAAGAGCCUUUGCCUGUGGAAAUAGUACUCCUAGAAAGAACACUACCUGAUGGAAGCACAGAACAAAUUUUAUUUUCUUCAGCCGGAGAUGUUGAUGUAUAUGAUCUCCAAGCCUUAUGCAAUAAGGUAGGAUGGCCACGCAGGCCUCUUUCAAAGAUAGCAGCCUCAUUAAGAAAUAGCUACUUGGUUGCUACACUAUAUUCAAUAAUUAGAUCUUCAGAAACAGAGGGAGAAGAGAAGAAACAGCUCAUUGGGAUGGCACGAGCAACCUCAGACCAUGCCUUCAAUGCAACGAUUUGGGAUGUCCUUGUUGAUCCUUCAUACCAGGGUCAGGGUCUUGGUAAAGCACUCAUGGAGAAAGUAAUUCGUACUUUGCUCCAGCGAGACAUCAACAACAUUACACUGUUUGCGGAUAACAAAGUUAUAGAUUUCUACAAGAACCUGGGGUUCGAAGUUGAUCCUCAAGGCAUCAAGGGCAUGUUCUGGUACCCCAGAUUUUAGCACCAGCAGCCAGAUAUAUCGUUCGAGGGGUUGUUGUACUUGAAGCAUCUCCCCGUUCUGAAAGGGUAAUUGACAGGUCAGGGCUCCACGCCCUGAUGGAUCUCGCACUUAAUAUUUCAUCCUUGGUGAGAAGCUGUAAUUUUCUUCAAUGCUAAAACGACCAUGUGAUCGGCUCAACUCUCCGCACCCCUGUUGUAACCAUAACCCCAACAAAACACGCUAUUUGUAAUACCCGUGUUUCAUACAUGCGCUCUAGACUCUUGCCAUCUGUAUGUAACGUACGCUUUCAAAUUUCUACAUUCGAAAUGGAAAAAAAAACUGUAUCCAU